UUCAAAAAGAAACUAAAAAUAAGUGUCUAUCCAACAAUAUGGCUGCAACACCCUCUGACGUCAACAAUCUUUUUCAGACAUGUGGAAUUGAUGAUAUUAAAAUUGUGGAAAGAAAAAUAAGAAGUGAAAUUGAAAAGAAGAAAGAAGAUCUUCGUGUAAUGGUUGGGGAGCGUUACAGAGAUUUGAUCAAUGCUGCUGAUACUAUUCAAGACAUGAUGGUUGGAACAUCUGAGGUUUUUUCUGGUAUUUCCGUCAUUGAUGAUUUGUGUUCCAGUUUUGAUACUGUUAAAAACACCAACAAGUCAGACAAAAAAGUAUCCGAAUCGAAAGAGCAUGCUUUUUAUUCCUUGGCUACACAAAUGGAUUUGCUUGUGGAUACGCCAGAAAAAAUUUGGAGUGCAUUGGAUACACAUCAAUAUUUGCUUGCUGCUCAGUUAUAUUUGUUUUCUCAACACAUUGUGAAUAGAAGCUUGAAUAUUAAUGUUGGACAAUCAAGACAAAACAGAGAUGUUUAUGCUUCCUUUCCCAUUCUGCACCACCAGUGGGCAGCCAUUAGUCACUUCAAACCAUCCAUUUUAAAGGGUGGCAGAACAUCACUUAAAGAAGCCACACUUCCUGAUAAGGCGUUAUCUGAAAGUCUUUGCUGCAUAUCAUUGCUGGACAAUCUGUCACCACGACAAAUGUUCACAGAGUUUUUGAUGGCAAGAAAGUCUGCAAUACAAGAUGUAUUUCACUCAAGUUUCCACUCUAUCAGUGUGAAGAAACAGAUAUGCGACAUCACUUACAUGCUACGGUUGAGUAUUCAACAAAUGAUAACGCUGUUUUAUUCUAGUGAGAGCAAAACUUCUGAAGAUGCAAAACCAUUGUUCUACAAGGUUCUACAAGAUAUUACUGCACAGAAAGGCCCCAAUACAACACCUUUAUUUCAAACACUGUUCGGUAAUGAUGUUGAUGUGUUUACAGUUUCGCGCUACUUACCACCAACUGUUUCAGAGUUUGUACCAAAGUUGCGUGAUGUUCCUGUUUCCAUAUCUGUUUCAUAUCUUCAGAAGCAUGCUAUUGAAUGGCUAAGUGGGUCUAUCAAAGAUGUACAUCACGGUGUUAAGAAUUUACUGUCGUUUGUCAACAACAUUAAAGGCCUUGCUGUUAUACGUGAUGCUGUGUUCGAGCUACUUAGAUCGGACACUUUGGUUGAGAAUGAAACUGCGAAUGAUGAGGAAAAGGAGAAAACUUGGGAAGAAUACUGUCGCUUGUGCUUGAACCGUUCAUUAUCAAUUUGGGAUGAAUUCUUUCGACCUCUAUUUGUAGAACGAGCCAAGAUUAUUUUAGAAAAACAAUUCUCCACGUGUUUUUCUGCACUAUCUGGCAGUCUACACGACGUUCUGGUGCAUUUGGACGACUCACAGAACGGUAUAGACGAUUCAUGCUGGGACCAUGAUCUGAACGGUUUUACAUGGCAUGAGUUUCCACAAGAUUUUUCUUCACUGCUGGACUCGAAUGCUGAAGGUGUUGAAGGGAUGCUUUCUUUGAAAGUAAAAUCAUUCACCCCUUCUAUUAAAAGGCUAUGUGUUCAGUUAAACGAUAGUUUGCACUCCAUCUUAGUAGACGUCAAGCACUUUUUCUGUGAACCCGAUGAAGAUAAGUUGGAUGAGAAUGAAAGAAGAAGGAGAGCUAUAAAAAAAGAUGUACAAAAAUUAAUUUUUGAUUCCGAAGAUGUCGCCCCUAACCAAAAAGACCCUUUCGAAAAAUACGGUGACGCGAAUAUCAUGAAAGAGAGUUUGAACUCACUUUUUACAGAAAAAGUAAAAGAGCUGUGCAAAAAUAUAAACACUAUGUUGAACGAGGUUGAGAAGAAGUUGGGAAGUGUGAACACAGAUGAUGCGAUAGCGGCUACUGCAGAGCUGGAUAAAGCUACGUUUCUAAGUCGAUUUUGCCUCGGUGUCCCAGAUUUGUGUUAUAACAUACCGAAAGUCAUCGAGUACGAUUCCACUCUGAACAAACCCCAGUUAAAACGACAAAUUUCACGACAGCUGAGUCGAAAACAUUUAACCAAGAAAACAGAAGGCUUCAAAACAAUGGAGGAUGACUUCGCUGAGCAAAGUAGAUUUGGUUUCUCUCUAUGGACAAAGUGGAUAGCGAACGUUACGCUUUCCUUGGUUCAAAAAACGCUGUCAUCAUCAGAAGAUCUGACUUUGUUUGCCACGACAAACUGGGAAGAUGUGACAAUCGAAGAAGAGAAUGAAAGUGGAGAAAAAGUCAAAUCAAAUAUAAGAGUACCUGCACAGAUUUCGUUUUAUUUGUCAUCGUUGCUGUAUCGACUUGCGGAAGAGUUUCAUCGUGUCGGCGGAAGUAAAAUGGACAGGCAAACGAUUAGUUCGCUUUUAACCAAGAUUGGCGAAUCAAUCUUUUCCUCCCAUGAGUCGUUUGUAACUGAAGUGAAACAAAAAGUAUUGUUUCAAAAUAAAGCGUUGCAAAUGAUAUUCGAUGUUAAGUUUGUUUCGAAGAUCUUUGGCGGAAACACUGACGCAAAAGAUGAGGCGCUGGUAAAGUAUCGACAACAUGCAAAUAAGUUGAUUGACGAAUUAGAGAAUUUUGUUGAUCCCUUUGACUUAGACGUAUUCACCCCACACAUCAAUACUUUCGUACAACGACAACUUCAAAGAACUUCGUUAAUAUUUGGUUCUAUAUCCAGUUUGAACAAACACUCUUUACAAGUUAGCACAACACGAAUUUCUUCCUUAUCGCAAGAAGAACAUAGCGUCGUACAACUCGUCUCCAAUCCUCCAAGGUUUAUGUUGCUACCCAUGAGUGGUUAUAAUUCAAAAGAUAAACAAGACACAAACAAGGUUGAAUACUUCAGUCAACAACAACAAUCCAGUCCUCUGUUCCUUCAUCAAUCACAAAUCACUCUGCAAGGUUUAGUUUAAACCAUGGAUUAGUGUAUUAUGACUAUUAUAUAUAACUUAUUUAUAUUAUCGUAUCUACCUAUACACAAUUUUAUUUAUCUUGCUUUCGGAUACACUACCAGAAAUACUUUUUCUGGACAAAAUCUUUGUCACAUCAGUUUUAAAAUUUCGAAAUUUUUAACUUUCGAAAUGUUCCCCGAUUCUAGUUUUAAUAAUAUGCUAAUUUAGAUAUCAUGUUUACCUGUUGCUUUGUUAACCAUACUCUGGAAGUGUUUUGUUUGUUUUUUGUUGUUGUUGUUUUUUUGUUUUUUUUUGGGGGGGGGUAACUUGCUUUUUGGUUGGUACUAGCUGCAAAAAGAAACAGGAAACGUUUGCAUUUUUUACACACUACGUUUUUCUGCUUUUUUUAUACAUAAUUCCUAAUUGUAAAUUAUAAUUCAUAUGUGACAUCGUUUGGUCUGAAUUUCUUCGAAUUUACAAUAAAAUAUCACUCUUCUAUUUUUGAAAACCAAAUAAUUUUAUUCAAAUGCUUUCAGCAUGCGGUUGCAGUUUGACUACGAAGGGAGAGUACAUGAGAUAGGAUAGAUAUAUAUGAAAAACAUGAAGCACUUUAAGUGCAAUAAUUUUUAUAGAAACGCAAUUUGUAUAUUAUGUUAGGAGUAAAUAAUAAAAUUGAAAUUCAGUCAAUUAAAAAGCCGA